AUGGAGCAAGUAGGUUGGGCCAAGCUUCAUGUGCAUGGCCGGCAACGCAGCUCCAGUCCUUCGCAAAAAGACAGGUUGAGGAUUGCGUUUGCUGCGGGCUUCGCUGAGGGUGCCUUGACGGCAAACCGAAGCUAUCAGCACAAGCUCAACUACUACCAGGCCUACUAUGGGGAGAAUAAGACACGCUACGCCGGGGCUGCGGCAUUCUUGACGCAAAACGACAGGUUUGUGCGGGAGAAGAUAAAGAGUGAGUCGGACGGCUGGUGGGCAGAGAUUGCUGUUGUCUGGGCGCAACUUGACGGCUUAGUGGCUGGCAACGCAGCCGCGUGUGGAGCAAACUGCUUGACUCUGCUCGAUUUCCUCUUCUUCCAAGCUGAGCAAGACAUGGACAGCGUGGUGGUAUCACCCUGGCAUGAGAGUGAGUGGACUGUGGAGCGCGCUGCCGAGUUCACCCUCAAGACCACGCAUUGCUCAUCGAUAGUCAGGCUGGCGCCAAACAACAGCGACCUCUACGUGGGGCACAAUACCUGGACCGGAUACUACUCCAUGCUCAGGCUCUUAAAGGAGUAUGACCUGCCACUGGGCGGAAGUGCAGACAGGGUUGUGUUCUCUGGAUACUUCGGUCAGCUCUAUAGUGGGGACGACUUCUACACCCUCAGCUCAGGGCUUACGGUGCAGGAAACCACCAACUCGUUGUACAACAAGACGACUGCUGCCUUGAUCAAACCGGAGAGCGUCCUCACGUGGGCCAGAACGCUGGUGGCAAAUCGCCGCGCCACGGAUGGGCCAUCCUGGGUUCGAUGGUUUUCGCCCUUCAACUCGGGGACCAUCAACAACCAGUGGCAAGUUGUUGCUACCAGCAGAUUUCGGCCUGGUGAGGAGGUGCCAAAUGGCAUGCUGAUUGUGCUUGAGCAGAUGCCCGGUCUCAUCGUUUGGGAAGAUGUGAGUGAGGUUCUGAGAAGUCAGGGAUUCUGGGUCUCAUACAACUCCCCGUUUUUCCCAGAAAUUCGGGAAGCCUCUGGCGCGCAGUUUAUGGAAGAGCGCUUCGGGGAUGCCUACUCCUACACCAAGAACCCCCGUGCCAAAAUCUUUGCUCGUGACAUCUCGAACGCCACCGACCUGGCCAAAGUCCAGCAUCUUCUCCGAUACAACAACUGGCAGCAUGAUCCCUUGUCAGCUGCUGGAUAUUCGGGACCUUGGGAGCCGCGCGCUCCCGAGAAUGCCAUUGCUGCAAGGUACGACUUGCAUCCGUGGGCGAACACGACGCAGGCGUUCGGAAACACCGAUGGCAAGAUCUGCACCGCCGCGGACUGCCAGGCCUUGCGCUUCACUGCUGUCAGCGGGCCCAGUGCAGACCAGCAGCCGCCCUUCUCCUGGACGGGUAGAUGGGCGUCCUCGCCGCACCUGGGGCAGCCAGAGAUGUUCAACUUCAGCUGGAUCAGCUUUGCGGCUAUGCCAGCACCCUCUACACCCACUCUUGUGGUCUAG